AUGUCCAGCACAAAGGUUUUUCUGUUGGUUGGUGCUGUGGUGCUGUUGGGACUUAGUGGAUCGGCAGCUCAGACGAGUGCUCCUACGGAUGCGGCCAAGGAAACGGCCACCGAGACGAUCCCUGUUAAGGAAAGCGAACUAACAACGGAGCGAUUCAAUGCAAGCCGCGUGCUAAGUGCAAUCCGGGCGGAAAUCGAACGCCGUCGUGCCGAUCGCCGACAGCAAACGCUCCAGAGAAGCCAGGAGCGUCGGGAGCAGAUUCUGCAGACGCUCGAUAGCUUGAGCGAACGUCGCCGGGAGUAUGAACUACGACGCCAAGAGGCAGUGCAGGACGCUGAAGCCGUCAAGGAAGCCCGUCGUCUGGAUAUGGAGGCACGCCGAGUUGGACGUCUGUCCCAGCGGGAACGUGAGCGCGUGAACCGUGCUCGACUGGAGCAGCUGUCCGAACAGACGACGCCGGAGGAGAACGAAAUCGAAGACUCGAUCGAUGAGGUGGCGGGCAGUGAGGAGGGUACGGAAGUGGUACAGCGGGUGCGUAACCUGUUGCUAAUCGAGGAAGCGGGUGGCAAUUUGCGGCUGAUCGAUUUAGACACUGAAGAAGGUCAGCAGUUUGUGCUGAACGGGGGCGUUAAGCGUGGACAGAGUGGUGAAGUAGGUGAGGAGGCGGAUCAGGUGCAGGAAGAGGCGGAAGGUGGUGAAGGUGAUAAACAGCAGGUGGUGGAGAUUGAAGUGACCAAGCGGAAGCUUAAGCCUGGUCAAAUUUAG